AUGCGACAGGCAACUACGCCCGCCACUGCUGUUGGUAAGACGCUGAAAAAAGCUGAGAAAAAAACCUCAGCAAGGUCAAAACCUGUCAAACCCAGCCAUCCCCCAACUUCCGAUAUGGUUAAUCGUGCCAUCAAAGGAUUGAAAGAAAGGAGCGGAUCCUCGUUGCAUGCUAUCAAGAAAUACAUCGAAAAGACCGCUGUACAGUCCGGUUCCUUGAUUCAGACCAAAGGAAAAGAAGCGUCUGGUUCUUUCAAAUUGGCCGCUGGCGGUUCUACAACAAACGCGUCGAAGAAAUUUGCGAAAAAAUUGGUCAAGUCGGCCGAUGGAGCAAAUAAGAAUGCAUCACCUACAAUGGCAGCCGACAAGAAGAACACAUCACCUGCCAGGCUACAUCUAUCUACUAAGAAGGCAAACAAAAAGCUGACGAAGAAGUCCAAAGCACCGAAACCAAAAACGGUCAAAUCAGUAACGGCUCCGAAGAAAGUAACGUCUCCCAAAAAGCAAAAGUAA